UACAAUUUUAUGUAUAUUUGAAUAAUGUCUUAUAUUUUCAGCUGGUGUGUCCUUUACAAAAUUUUUAGGAGCGUCUUCAGCAGGAGGACUUUUAACUGCAUAGCCUGCAGAAGCUUCAAGUGCAUAGUAAGCAGCAUUAUCUACGUGAGUAUCAGAAGCAACGUUAGUAGCAUCGUCUGCAGCAUUAGCUGCAGAAAUAUAAGAAGCACUUUCAGCAGAAUUAUCUCGGCGAGUAUCAGUAGAUCCACUAGCAGAAUUAUUAAUAGAAGUAUCAGGAGAUCCACUAGCAGAAUUAUCAAUAGAAGUAUCAGGAGAUCCGGCACAUUAUUUAUUUCAUCACAAGAUAUCCCAUCUAAUGUGCCAUGGCUUUAAUAUCAAAGGAGGAAAAUAAUGGAUUCAGAAUUAUUAAAGCUUUAAAUCAGUGUGGCAGGCGGGUUUUGCAUAUUAUAUUUCGCUGGGGGACACCGAAUAAAGCUGAUCAUAUAAGGCUGGAUGAAUACUUGAAAAACUUAAAUAAAACAUCGUCAGCUAACUAUUUAAAUCUCAAAAGUAGUCAACGAAAGUUUAACAGAACACAAAAGAAAUUGAUUGCGAACAGUUCAGAUGGAAGAGGGUUUGAUGUGCCACUGCUCUGUACAAGUAUUAAACUGGCUUGUGAGAACGUGGCACCUUUGAAUGAUCCAAAAUGGAACGAUGAGAGCACAGAAAUGGAGUUCUACAUUACUUCUGUUAAGAACAUGAGGAACGAUGCUCUUCAUAGUAAACUUGCUGUUCCUGAUGAUGAUUAUUUUAAUAAUGUAAGUAAGCUUAGGAAGCUGUUAACUGAGUGUUUAAAGACAUCUGGAGUGCGUUAUGGGAAGAAAAAGAAUGAUGUGGAAAAGGAGAUCAAGCAGAUGAAGGAUGAUCUGGACUAUAUCAUGAAUGAGAUUCUCGGAAUUGAGGACAUUAUAAAGUACUGCAGUGAUGAUAUUAAACAAAUAAUCAUAGAUGAUUGUUGUAAUAAACUGAAGGACAUCGUCCCAAAAAUCACUUAUGUCAGCCCAGUGUCUUUCAUCAUCGAAAACUUUAAAUUUGAAGUAGAUAAAAUUUUUGUCAAUAUUGAAGUUAAACGUGGAAAACGUAGAGGUGAUGGAGAACAAAUACAUUUCUGCUACACAACAACAGAGUCCCUCGGAAGACCCCGGAUACUCUUACUUGAAGGUCUGGCAGGGAGCGGCAAGACCACUCUAUCGACGCUGGUAAUAAAGGAAUGGAUAGACGGUGGUCAAGGUCACAUCAGAGGCUUAGAUAAUUACGAGCUCCUGCUGUGGGUACAGUGCAGAGACACUACUAUGAUCUCCUACCAGGAUCUCCUAGACCGACUUUUAGCAGAUGUUUCAGCAAAAUUCAGAAAUUUUUUGCCUACAUUAAUGAAGCUUUGUAAGAUCCUGAUAGUAAUUGACGGUCUGGAUGAAUUUAAUGACAACUCUAGAAGAUUAGUUACAAGUCUUAUGCAAGAAUUCCGAAACUCUACUUAUACUACAUUUUUGUGCACCUCAAGACCUGAAAAAGUAGAAAUGUUUACGUUGACUAUUCCCGAAGACUAUGAAGUGAUAAAUGCUGAACUUCUAGGCAUAACCAGAGAACAUAUGCCAGAGUUUGUACGUCGGACACACCAGGAGAUAACUAAAAACAAGAAAUGUCACAAAAACGUUGAAGAACUGAUAAAUAAGGUGAUGAAGGUGAGAGGUUUUCAGAAACACUUACGACUGCCAAUGAAUUUAACAUUUUUUGUUUACAUCUGGGACCAAGAACCCGAUCAGUUAGAUGUAAUGACCAUCACUCAGACAACGCUCUACCAUAAAAUACAUGAACUUUGUCAAAAGAAGUUAUUAAAGAGAUUGGAAAAUUAUCUACAGACAAAGACCAUGGUUAAAAGUGACCUCGAGUACAGAGUUCAAGAUAUAUUGAGUUUGAUAUAUGUAAUAUCACUAGAAAGCCUCUCAUGUGAACAGAUGACCCUAGAAAACGUAACGGUAGAACGACUGAUUUCUGCUUGUGAGAAACACUGUUUACCAUCCGAUGAGAUACUUUCUGCGUUCUUUAGUUUGAAGCCAAUUUGGACUUGGAAUGGUAUCGAGGAACGGUACUCUUUACCUCACAAGGGGAUCCAAGACUACUUUGGUGCUCUGCAUAUUGUGAUGACACUCAAGCACCAGCUACAGUCACCUGUGCAACCCGUCUCAUCUAGCAAGCACUCCACACCACCUGCCAGUAUCAGGGGUGUGUUUAAAACAGAGCAUCAGAGCAUCCUGGGUCGACAUGACCCUGUACAAUAAUGUUCUGAUGCAUGUGGCAGGGUUGUUGUACCUGUUACUUGACCGAGUUCCUGAGGUCAUUAUUCAGGAAGUUGUCCAUCUCCUGUACCAGUCUGGUAUGAAGGGUAAGUUGAAAAUUGAUGCCGUGCAACCAACAACACUGAAGAAAGGUGAGGAUGAGUCUUGCAUGAGCGACGUGAACGAGGAUGCGAUGUCUAGCAUGGCUAACGAGAACAAGGACUCUUCUAGCACGAGUGAUGAGGACGAGUCCUCAUUUAGCUUUAACGACGAGGACGACGAGGACGAGGACGACGAGGACGAAAACGAAUCUGUAGUGAAGUACAAAUGGAUCGACCUAUUAGAAAACACACGAUGCAAUUAUGACGUAGCUAAGGCAAUAGCUCCCUUCAUCCACACUCAGGAUAUAUACAUUAAUGAUUAUCGUAUAGAGUGCUAUACAGCUCUUCUACCACAUAUCAGACCAUCAGAGUUACUCAUUAGCAUCAAGGGUGAGCCUACUUCAGUGCCUGGCUUGCAGCACCUACUGAAUAUUCUUGCCCGCCCCAAUCACCACCGCUGCCUAUCACUGGACCUGCACCACCACUACCUUCAGGAUAACACAACCAUCACUUCUGACGACAUCCUACAACUUUUAAAACCUAGUAGCCUGGAAGGCUUCCGGGGUCAUCUGAGCAGUGACGUGUUAGAACUGCUUCCUUCCACCCUGAAGUCUCUCUACCUGGUUCUUGUGAACGAUGACUACGCUCAACGGCUCCUGCCAAAGUUACGAGUGUUUGUAACUUCCAGUCUACCUCAUCUUGAAUAU